CAAAUGAUUUGUCAUUUUACAGUUAUAACCUUCUAACAGAAUCUCAGUCACCCCAACACCCUCCUCCGCCCCAAACCUUCGGUGACAUCUGAAGUCGCCACCGCCUACCGCCCGCCGUACCACAUGCUUCGGAACCUCCGAACGCGGCGGCGUCCGCUUUACGGCGCGCACAUUUGCGCCUUAGCGGCAGCGAUUCUCCUCCUCCUCUCUGUUUCACUCCUCUACAGUCGCCUCAACUUCUUCCUCCAACCUAACAAUCCCCAUCCGCAUCCCCUCCAAUACGACACCAUUUCACUGAACAACCCUCUCGUCGACGAUUUAGCUGACGCUGAUUACCGCUCCUCAGAUGACCGCAUUGACGAGCUCGACGUUGCUGACAGUAACAACAAUAACGAUGAUGAGUUCCUCUUAUCCAAUGAAUCCGAAGAGGACGAUGAAGAAAUCAUCAAUCAAUACCCUAGGGUUUCGUCGACAUAUUUCUACGAUCAGAGGCACGGAGUUGUACGGAGAGCGUUUAACAAACGAUCAAUUGAGGAAUGGGAAGAUUACGUUAAUUUUGAAUCGAGGAUGAAGUUAGGAUUAGGGUUUAAGAGUGAUGAAUCUAAGGCCGCGUUUGGAUCGGAUGAUCUUCCAGUAGAUGUGCAAAUGAGGAUGAAGUUGAGUGAAAUUGAGAGUGUUGAAGAUGCUUUGUUACUAAAAGGAUCACCUUUGAGGGAAGGGUGGGGUGAGUGGUUUGAAAAGAAGAGUGAUUUUUUGAGGCGUGACAGAAUGUUCAAGUCAAAUCUGGAGGCGUUAAAUCCAAAUAAUAAUCCCAUGUUGCAGGAUCCUGAUGGAGCAGGGACUACUGGAUUGACUAAAGGGGAUAAGAUUGUGUUAAAAGGGUUGAUGAAUGAGUUUAAGAAAGUUCCAUUUCUGGUGAAAAAACCACUUUCAGUGUCUGAAUUGACAAAAUCUGAGUUGGUUAAUGAUGCUUUGGAGUUACAGAAGAUGGCGGGAUUGGCCAAAAAUGAUGUUUUCGAGUCAAAGGAGUUGAAAUUCAAUAGUGAUUUCGUGAAAACUAAUGAUGAGGAUGUGAAUAGAGGGAAGAGAGUGAAGCGUAGAACUUUAAACGAUGAUGCUAGAAUUGGAAAAAGAGUUGUUCAUGAUAGUGAUGGAGAUUCAGCUCCUAGGAGUAAGGAAGAUAUAAGGAAUGGUAAUAUGAAAGUUGUGGAAGAUGAUUCCCGAGGUGAAGUUUCUGGGCUAGUCUUUGCUGAUGGGAAGAGAUGGGGUUACUUUCCGGGCUUGCACCCCCGGUUGUCUUUCACUAACUUUAUGGACUCAUUUUUCAGGAAAGCAAAAUGUACUAUGAGAGUUUUCAUGGUCUGGAAUUCUCCAGCAUGGAUGUUUACGGCUCGGUAUCAGAGGGGACUUGAGAGUGUACUUAACCGUCACCGGGAUGCUUGUGUGGUGGUUUUCUCUGAGACAAUCGAACUUAAUUUCUUUAGUGGUUUUGUGAAGGAUGGCUUCAAAGUGGCUGUUGUGAUGCCUAAUCUUGAUGAGCUCCUACUAGGCACACCAACACAUGUAUUUGCUUCUUUCUGGUAUGAAUGGAAGCAGACAAGACAUUAUCCUUUCCAUUACAGUGAACUAGUCAGGCUGGCAGCUCUAUACAAGUAAGCAAUUUGGAAAAUAUACACUUCCCAAUGUAUUUAAAUUGUUAUGUACUCUGAAGCUAAUCGAGGUGUUAUCUCUACGAUGAUGCAUUGUAGUUUUAAUUUUAAAUGUAUUACCUUCCACCUAGUUUGGCAUAACAGAGUUAAAAAAAUCUGGUGUUUCCUGUAUAUAACAUUUGACUUGAGGUAAGGCAAAUUAGAUAAGGAGCCCGCACUUAAGAUCUCGACUAUUUAUUUCAAUAGGUAUUAUUUGUAUAAUAGAAAAAUGAUUCCAAUAAUUUUUUCGAGAUUAAUCAGUUGACGGCAGAAACAGUUACCUUCUUUGAUGCAAUAGAUUAACUUCAAUUUGCUGAGUUUUUUUUGUUGUUUUGAGAAUUCAAUUUGCUGAAGUUUAUCUCAAUGUGAUUGUAAUAUUUCUCUUUCGGUUUUUGUUUCCCAUAGCUGAUAUUCUUAAACUUGGUCUAGUAAACCACAAGACAGGUUGUUCAUGAAGUUAAGAAGUGGAAUUGAUGAUAGUUAGAAACACUUUAUAAAAAAUAACGGUGAGAGGACUAGUGAAGAAGGAUCUAAGUUUUUUCUGAGUCAUACAAAAGAUUUUGCUGUUACUAUAUGUCAGUGAAUAACUCAUUAUUGUGUCUGUGGCACAUGGAAAGCUUCUUUUUAAGAUCACAUAAUUCCAGAAAUUUGCUGCCUCUAGUGAGUUUUUUUUUAUAGCAGAAUUACAUGAGUUAUCCUUAGAGAAAGUAGAUUGUGGUGAGGCUGCACCAACAUCUCUUGGCAAAGAACCUUAUGAAACUAGGAUCAUGAAAUGUGUUACAUCUCAAUCUUUUCCUUGAUUCUCAUUAAAGAAUUUAUUUACCUUGUAAAAAAGAUUGAUUAAAGGAGCAUAUGAAAGCUGUGGUCUAAUGUUCGUGAUGAACUUUUGUCCUUUCUAUUUCUGCAGGAUUAU